UUCGACGUUUGGAGAUGCUCUUGCUUCAGUUUUCUAGCGAAGUGGCACGAAUCAUAAAGUUCCUACGGCUAAACUUUUAUUAAUGUUGUAUAAUAAAAAGCAUGCACGGUAACAGUUAACAGGCCAUUCGCUUAUUUCGUGAUUAGCAGUGUAUUGUUUCAUAUCCCAAGUCGUGCUACAAUUCUCUAUUCACACCCAUAAUUUGCAGGGGGAGUGCAUGGUUGUUGGCGACCUCACUCCCUUUUUUUCUAUCCUGCUCCCUCCCAAAACAUAUCUGCACACCAGGAAGGGCUCUCAGUAACUCGCGUCGCUACCCGUGCAGCACUGCCUCAGUGAACGAGCUUCGGCGCGCCGUGCGAUUCACUUAUCUGUUGACAGCGUCUCCCGCCUCCCGCUCUUCUCCACCUCCCAUUCCUCCUCUCUGACACCCCCACCCCCCUCCUUCUCCUCCUCCUCCCAAACCGGCUCAUCGCCGCUGUCGUUCAUUGGUGCAGCCCGAGACAAAUUGGCGCCAUUUUGAAGCGUUCCGGGGGUAGGCGGCAGCGGCGCGGCGAGGACUGGGUUUUGACACGGGUGAGUGCGGGGCAGAAGGCUGGGGAGGAGAGCUGCCAUGGUGUGAUUUUUGGACUUGGUUCUCUGGAUCGUCAGUACAGGCUUCUGGAUUCCUAGUCUGGGGCAGCAUGGUGGCAUAGCGGUUAGCGCGACGCUAUUACAGCGCCAGCGAUCGGGGUUUGAUUCCUGUCGCUGACUGUAAGGAGUUUGUACGUUCUCCCGUGUCUGCGUGGGAUUCCUCCGGGUGCUCCGGCUUCCUCCCACAUUGCAAAGACGUACGGAUUUGCAAUACUGCCCUAUCUUCCAGUUGAGUUUCAAAAUAACAAAAAAGGAAAAGGGCCUGAAGCAAAAGUUUGGGCACCCUGCAUGGUGAGGAAACGUGAACUUUUAUCAUGGCUCACACGAAGCCCAAGGCCAAUGACGGAAAGAUUAUAUACCCACCCGGGGUUAAAGAAAUCUCUGACAAAAUAUCUAAGGAAGAAAUGGUUCGAAGACUAAAGAUGGUUGUAAAAACCUUCAUGGACAUGGACCAAGAUUCAGAGGACGAGAAGGAGUUGUACCUCAAUUUGGCAUUACAUCUUGCUUCUGAUUUUUUCCUUAAACAUCCUGAUAAGGAUGUGCGACUGCUGGUUGCCUGCUGCUUGGCUGAUAUUUUUAGAAUCUAUGCCCCAGAGGCACCCUACACAUCGCCAGAUAAACUUAAGGAUAUUUUUAUGUUCAUAACUAGACAACUAAAGGGACUGGAAGAUACAAAAAGUGCACAGUUUAACAGAUACUUCUAUUUACUUGAGAAUAUUGCCUGGGUAAAGUCAUAUAACAUCUGCUUUGAACUGGAGGAUAGCAAUGAUAUCUUCACUCAGUUGUACAGAACACUUUUUCAAGUAAUAAACAAUGGCCAUAACCAAAAAGUUCACAUGCACAUGGUGGAUCUGAUGAGUUCCAUUGUUUGUGAAGGGGACACUGUUUCUCAGGAACUUUUGGAUACUGUUCUUGUCAACCUUGUACCAGCUCAUAAGAAUCUAAACAAGCAAGCAUAUGAUUUAGCAAAAGCUCUAUUGAAAAGAACUGCUCAAGCAGUUGAACCAUAUAUUACAAAUUUUUUUAACCAGGUUUUAAUGCUGGGCAAGACCUCCAUCAGUGAUCUAUCAGAGCAUGUCUUUGACCUGAUCCUUGAGCUCUACAAUAUUGAUAGUCAUCUGUUGCUUUCUGUUUUACCACAGCUGGAAUUUAAACUUAAGAGCAAUGAUAAUGAAGAACGUUUAGCAGUUGUUAAGCUGCUGGCAAAAAUGUUUGGAGCAAAAGAUUCUGAAUUGGCAUCCCAGAACAAACCAUUGUGGCAGUGUUACUUGGGAAGAUUCAAUGACAUCCAUGUUCCUAUCCGUCUUGAAUGUGUGAAGUUUGCAAGCCACUGUCUUAUGAACCAUCCGGAUUUAGCAAAAGACCUUACUGAGUUUCUCAAAGUCAGAUCACAUGAUCCUGAAGAAGCGAUAAGACAUGAUGUCAUUGUAUCCAUUGUAACUGCUGCUAAAAAGGAUCUCUCACUUGUUAAUGACCAGCUGCUAAACUUUGUAAGAGAGAGGACAUUAGACAAACGGUGGAGAGUAAGAAGAGAAGCUAUGAUGGGGCUGGCACAGAUCUAUAAAAAGUAUUGUUUACAAGCCGAGGCAGGAAAAGAGGCUUCCAAACAGAUUUCAUGGAUUAAGGACAAACUUCUGCAUAUAUACUAUCAAAACAGCAUUGAUGACAAAUUACUUGUUGAACGGAUAUUUGCACAGUAUAUGGUGCCUCACAAUUUGGAGACUUCAGAAAGGAUGAAGUGUUUGUACUAUCUUUAUGCAACCCUGGACACCAAUGCUGUGAAGGCAUUAAACGAAAUGUGGAAGUGUCAGAACAUGCUGAGACAUCAUGUACGCGACUUGCUUGAUUUGCACAAACAACAAAAAUCUGAUCCCACUGAUAAAGCCAUAUUCUCAAAAGUGAUGAUCAUUGCCAAAAACUUGCCUGAUCCAGGAAAAGCCCAGGACUUCAUGAAGAAAUUUGAUCAAUUUUUAGAAGAGGAUGAACGAAUCAGAUCUCAACUGGAUGUGCUUGUUAGUCCAAACUGUUCCUGCAAGCAAGCAGAAGGAUGUGUGCGUGAAAUCACCCGAAAGUUAAGUAACCCUAAACAACCUACAAACCCGUUUUUGGAAAUGGUGAAGUUUCUCCUGGAGAGGAUAGCACCUGUCCAUAUAGACACUGAAUCCAUUAGCGCAUUAAUCAAACAAAUUAAUAAAUCCAUCGAUGGUACAGCUGAUGAUGAAGAGGAGGGUGUGCCAACUGAUGAAGCAAUUCGAGCAGGCCUUGAAUUGCUUAAGGUGUUAUCAUUCACUCAUUCAAUCUCUUUUCACUCUGCGGAAACAUUUGAAUCCCUCCUGCAGUGUUUGAAAAUGGAUGAUGAAAAGGUAGCAGAAGCUGCUUUACAAAUCUUCCGAAAUACUGGGCAGAAAAUUGAAGAUGACUUUCCUCACAUCAGAUCCGCUUUGUUACCAGUACUGCAACAGAAGGCCAAGAAAGGCACUGCUCGACAAGCCAAGCAUGCCAUUCACUGCAUUCAUGCAAUAUUCUCCAGCAAAGAGACACAGUUUGCACAAAUAUUUGAGCCUUUACACAAGAGUUUGGAUCCUAGCAACCCAGAGCAGCUCAUAACGCCUUUGAUUUCAAUUGGGCAUAUAGCUAUGCUGGCUCCAGAACAGUUUUCUGCACCUCUGAAAUCCCUGGUGGCUGGUUUUGUUGUGAAAGAUUUGUUAAUGAAUGACCGGUUCCCAGUAAAGAAAACAACAAAGCUUUGGGUGCCAGAUGAUGAAGUAUGUCCAGAGACACUGACAAAAAUACAGGCCAUGAAGAUGAUGGUACGGUGGUUGAUGGGAAUGAGGACCAACGCUAAUAAAUCAGGGACCUCUACCUUGAGACUGCUAACUGCAAUAUUACAUAGUGAUGGUGACCUGACAGAACAGGGGAAAAUUAGCAAGCCCGAUAUGUCACGCCUGCGCCUGGCUGCUGGUUGUGCAGUUUUGAAGCUAGCACAGGAGCCAUGUUACUAUGAAAUCAUCACCCUGGAACAGUUUCAGUUAUGUGCACUGGUAAUGAAUGAUGAAUGUUAUCAAGUGAGGCAGAUAUUUGCACAGAAACUCAACAAAGGACUUGCCAAGCUACGACUACCACUGGAGUAUAUGGCAAUUUUUUCACUGUGUGCAAAGGACCCAGCAAAAGAAAGAAGAGCACAUGCCAGGCAAUGCCUAGUGAAAAAUAUCAAUAUUAGGAGGGAAUAUCUGAAGCAGCAUGCAGCAGUGAGUGAAAAGUUGUUAUCAUUGCUGCCUGAGUAUGCUGUUCCGUACACAAUUCACCUUCUUGCUCAUGAUCCAGAUUAUGUAAAGGUACAGGAUAUUGAACAGCUGAAGGACAUUAAAGAAUGCUUAUGGUUCAUGCUUGAAAUCCUGAUGGCUAAAAAUGAAAAUAACAGUCAUGCUUUUAUUAGGAAAAUGGUAGAAAAUAUAAAACAGACAAAAGAUGUCCAAGGACCAGAUGAUCCAAAGAUGAAUGAGAAAUUAUACACAGUUUGUGAUGUUGCAAUGAACAUCAUCAUUUCUAAAAGUACUACAUAUAGCUUGGAGUCUCCCAAGGACCCAGUCCUCCCUGCUAAAUAUUUCACUCAUCCUGAUAAGAAUUUCAACAACAGCAAAAAUUAUCUGCCUUCAGAAAUGAAAGCUUUUUUCACACCUGGAAAGCCGAAGGCAACAAAUGUUCUUGGUGCAGUAAAUAAGCCUCUGUCUUCAGCUGGAAAACAGGCACAGACCAAGUCAUCGCGGAUGGAGACUAUGAGUAAUGCCAGCAGCAAUUCUAAUCCCAGUUCUCCUGGAAGAAGUAAAGGAAGGCUGGAUAGCUCUGAAAUCGAUCACAGUGAAAAUGAAGACAUCACAGUAAUGAAGAAUCCCCCUCUUCAAGCAAAGAAAAUGGAAAAGAGGGAAGACUCGGACCAUCUGAGGUCAGAAACCGAUAAACCUAGAGGACGAAAGAAAGGAUCCUCUGCAAUUUCAUUAGAUCAAGAGGAUAGAUCAAGUGUAGAACUUCUGGAUCAGGUGAAACCUGCUAAAGCAAGUCAACGUGGCCGAAAAAGAGCUGCACAUACCUCUGAAUCAGAUGAACAGCAGUGGCCAGAAGAGAAAAGAUCAAAAGAAGACCUCUUGGAGAAUGAAGAUGAACAGAAUAGUCCACCAAAGAAAACGAGGAGAGGGCGUCCACCCAAAGCUGCUAAUGAGGAACUCUCAAAGGGAGAGACCCAAGGGAAAGGAGGCAAAAGGAGUAAGAAGAGGCCAGUAUCAGCAGAUGAAGAAGAUGGUGAUGGAGAUAAUGAAAACAAAGAACAGAAGCAAAAAAGAAUGAGGCAGCCAAGAACACCCAAAAAAUCCCAGCAAAGAAUAGAAACUCCAGAAUCUGAUGUGAAUGACUCUCUAUCUACGGAAUCAACACCACAGAAGAAACGAGGAAGGCCACCCAAGACCCCACCUACAUCUCAAUCACAACCAAAGAAAAAUUUUCGGGGAGGAAGAUCAAGACAAGCUGCCAGUAGAGAGAAUGAUUCUUCAGAAAUGGAUUCACGUCAUGAUAGUUCAUUGGAGAAUAUGGAUAUUUCCCAGGAAGGCUCAAUGGAUGGAGUGAACGCAGAAGAGGAAAAUGAAUUAAGUACACUGAGGGUGCGACGCAAGCCCAACAAAAGGGAAAGAAGAUGAAAAGUAAAUAUUUUCUGUUUGCAUUGGAGCUUGACAAUUGUACUGUACAGCUCAAGGCAGGACACAGUGUAACAGAUAAUUGGUUGUUAAAGAAGGCAUCUUGUAUCUAUUACCCUUGCAUCUGCAGUCCUAAGGUCACAAGCUUUUGGCAAACACAUCAAUUCAUUAAUUGUGGGUUGUCGUGCAUUGUGAUGUGUGCUGACUACAAUGUACUGACUUUAUAGAAAGAUUGAAAUAAAUGAUAUUGUAAAUAUUUUUUUUAAUGUUUUGAUUGAAAAUGUGCUUGUAUAGCUUUUAAAUUACAGCUUUAAAUCACCAACACAACUGUGUAUUAAAUGUGUAGGUGAAGAAAGUUGGUUACAAUGAACGUUGACAACUGAAGCAAUACUUAAUAAUUGUACCUUCUGUGGCAUCCUUUUGAGAAGGGACUGGUUCUUAGAAAGAACAAAUGCAUAUUGCAAUUUCCUGCAGCACAUACUUCUGUGGUUAGAUUUGUUGGAAAGUCACUUUUUCUAAAUCCCUUGAGUGUAUGAUUAUAUCUACUUGUUUCUGUAACCAGCUCUGUUGCUUCUGCUUUCCACCACUGAAGUUGUUGGACAGGAAGUCCUCAGUUGUAUAAAAUGUGAAGUCAGCUAAAAAUGCUUAUGGCAUUUUACUUGUCAGUAUUAAUGCCAGAACUGUCUAGAAAUUUAGAUAAAAUUGGAAAAAUAAAAGGGUUUUAGUUAAAAUAUUUUAAUACUGAUGGUGUAUUAGUCAUUCAAAUUGUACACCUUUAGUUACCUUCCCUGUCAAAUUUGUAUCACUCUACUGUAUCAAUAAAAUUCUGUAACUGAGUUUGCCUUGUUAUAGUGGAAAAAAAACUUGUGUAUUUUGAAGGAUAAUCCUCCCUAAGUUAUGGUUCCCAAGAGUUAGAUCAUGUUAAAAGUUGUUCAUUGUGGUAUGUGAUUAAUGAGACAAGGAGCCUUUCUGCAUUGUAACAACUGUUCUGCUCUGCUUGAAAUGCACUUGAUAUAUCGUAAAAAAAAAUGCCUGCAAUAAUAUUCUCCUUGUUGAUUUUUAUUUCUGUAUUGUCAAUCUGUACCAAAAUUUGGGUUUAAUCAGAUUAAAAUUAUUUUGUUUUACAAAGGUAGCUAUUUGAGUUACUGGAGAGAAAUUGUCAGCUAUAGUGAAAUUUUGCUUGUGUCUUGAACUGCACAAAGUUGAUGUAAGCUGCUGCUAGAAAUAUGCUUCAGGAUUUGAUCUAUCGAAGUUCAGUUCAAUCAUUUAAACAGGUUCUCGUAUUCAUUAUGUCCUUAUUAAUGUGAUAAAGAAGUUAGCACAUUGUAUAGCACAAGUUUCAGUGUAUAUAUUUCUCAGCUAUAAAAAUUGCCUGCACAGAGUGUAAAUCAAUGUUGAGGUUUUUGUUAUUACAACUAAAGUAUCUUGAAAUAGCAGCAUCAGUUUUAUAAACUGUAGUCGUGGCUUUUCUGUGCUGGCUGUUUAUGUGUUAUUUUGAGCAAGUUGCUGCUUGGUUGUAGUGCCAAAAUUGUAACCACAUAUCCAGUGAAAAGUCUUUGCAGGCUUCUUGAACUAUUAAUAAGACUGGUUAUUUUAAAUACAUGCUAAAGAUGGUAGGGAUAUCCAUUUUCUGGUAAUACUAAUGGAUCUACGCUAACAUAGUGCAAUACUGAAAUUCUGUAGGACCAGCAAGAGUUUUCUAUUAAGUAUGAUGAAAUCAAAGUAAACUCUGCAUGAAUAUAAUAUCCAGGUUCAUAAAUAGGUGGUCCUGCUGCAAUAUUUGGCACAGUGGACUGAUAAUUUUUGUGUCCUUUUCUAAAAAAAAAGGAAUUAAAGCUGAAUAAUAUAGCUAGGGUCUCUACUGUAGUAUAUUUUGUAUGUGCUAUUGCUUCUGCCUUCUUGUAUCUUAUUCGUCCCUAAAGUGCUUCAUUUGCAAUGUAUGUUUCAUUAUAUACUGUUGUUUCCCUGAAAAUGACUUCUUCAGAUAUUCAUUAUCAACUGUAAAGCAUUUGGGGGCAUCCAGCAAAACUGAAGAUAUCAAUGCAAGUUCAUCUUUCCUCCUAUGUUGUUUCAAGAGAGUCUGAGAUUUGUAAUUGUUGGAUUGCAGCAUUUAUAUAUGGAUUUUCUUAUUGGAUGCCACUAUCUAGCAUUCAUUAUUAGUUGUUACAAUUGUUAGACUACUUCACCUCCUCAUAACAAUUGCACUGGGAAAAGGGUGCUUUGAAUUCUUCUGUCUCUUUCUGCCCAAGUAGAAGAGCCAUGAUACACCAUAGAAAAAAUACAUAAAUUGCAAUUGAAUAAGAAUCAUGAAACAUUACCAGAAGACUGGAUAGGCUGGAUUUGCAGACUGGAAAGACUGAGUUUGUUUUCUUUGGAGCAAAGGCAUCUGAGGGUGGACCUAAUAGAGAUAUACAAAAUUAUGCGAGAAAUAGAUAUUUCAUUUCCCAGUAGCAGGGGUGUCUAAAACCAGAGGGUAUAGGCUUAGGAUAAGCAAUAAUUGGUUUAAAGGAGAUUUAAGAAGGAACUUUUCUCACCCAGAGGGUGGUUGGAAUCUGGAACGCAUGGCCUGGGAGGGUGGUAAAGACUGGAUAAAGAAACAUUUAAGAAGGAUCCAGACGAGCACUUGAAUUGGCAAGCCAAAGAAGGCUAUAUAGCAAGUGCUGGAAAAGAGGUUAGUAUAGAUAGGUACUUGAUGGUCAGAAUGGACACAGAGGGCCAACCCAAACUCUCUCUAAGUAGAGUUAAUGCAGUGCUUAUCAGAGAAAUGUACCAUACCAGAUGUUACACCUGUGAUAUCCUGUGCAAGUCUCAAAAUCCUAUGUGGUUAUUUCAACCAAGACAGUCCUGUUGUUUACCUAAUAAUCUUGAACAGUUUUCUAUUAAUCCAAAGUCAAUUUUAUACAACUGGUUCUGCUACAAAUACUUUCUGGAUUCCAUCACAUAAAUAUUCUCAAGUUGUCUGAUCAUCCUUCUUUCUUACAAAUUCAUAUUGCUCUAAACCUAAUAGUGUGUGAUGUCACAAAACAGCUAAGAGAACUGGAUACAGCGAAGGUUGUACGAGCAGAUAUUGUCCCAGCAGUAGUACUGAAAACCUGUGUUUCAGAACGAGCUGUCCUCAAGCCAUGUGGUUCUGGUACUGUUAUACUGGCAUCUACCUGAUAAUGUGGAAAAUUGACCAAGCAUGUCUAGUUCACAAAAAAAAUAGAACAAAUGAAGUCUGGCUAAUUACUACCCAAUCAGUCUAUUCUUCAGUCAUCAGCAAAGUGCUGUAAGGUUUCAUUUUCAGUGCUAUCAAGCAAAACUUUAUCACCAAUAAUUACCAGUGCCGAGUUUGGGCUUCCCAGAUUUGCUUACCAGUGCCGAGUUUGGGCUUUGCCAGGAAUACCCACAGCUUUAGUCUAGGCUUGGACUAAAGAGCUGAAUUCCCAGAGGUGAGGAGAGAAAGACUGCCUUGACAUUUGAAGCAGUGUCUGGCUGAAUAUGAGGGCAAGGAGCCCUGGUAAAAACUAAAGUUAAUGAGCAUCAAAGGGAAAACAUACUAUUAGCUCACACAAAGAAAGCUAGAUGUGAUUAUUGAAAGUGAAGCAUCAGAGUCUCAGGAUGUCACUGCAGGAAUACAUCCAAGCAGUGUCCAACCCCAACAUCAAUAUCUCGGGGGGAUGCCAUUAACCAGAAACUUGACUGGACCAGCCACAUAAAUAUUAUGACUACAAGAACAAGUCAAAGGCAAGAUAUGCUGUGACAAGUGGCUCACCUUUAUGACAUGCAAAUUAAUGAUUUUCUACUUGUAUUUAUCUCAAAUAGAUCAGCAAAUGAAUUGAUAAAUAUUAGGUGAGUGUCAAGGUCCCACAUAAGAGGCUGAUGCAUAGAGAUAUUGGAGGAAGUGUGUUUGCAUGGAUUGAAAACUGGCUGUCAUACAGAAAACAGAAUUGGAAUAAAUGGGUCCUUUUCAGCUGGGAAGAAUGCAAGUUGUGGGAGUACCCCAGGAAUUGGUUCUUGGCCCUCAAUUGUUUACUAUUUACAUUAAUGAUCUGGAAGAGGGAACAAAAUGUAAGGUUUUCCAGUUUGCCAAUGAUACGAAGAUUAGGUGGGAGGACACAUGAUGAAGUCCUUGUGAUAAUGCAGUGGGAUAGAGAUAGAAUGAGUGGGUGAAAACCUAGCGAAUGAGGUUUAAUGUGGGGAAAUGUGAGGUCGUGCAUUCCAGUAAGAGCAAUCAAAAGGCAGAUCAUCUGAAUGGAGAGAGGCUGUAAAUGAGUGAAGUUCAGAAGGAUCUAGGUGUUCUAGUGCAUGAGUCACAAAAAAUUGGCAGGCAGGUCCAACAAGUAGUUGAGACAAAUGGUAUGUUGGCUUUUAUUGUAAGAGGGUUGGAGUUAUAUGAACAGUGGGUUUUGUUACAGUUGUUCAGGAUGUUGGUGAGGCACACCUGCACUACACACCAUUUUGAUCCCCUUACCUAAGAAAGGAUAGAGUAGCAUUGGAGGAAGCCCAAAGAAGAUUCACCAGGUUAAUUCCAAGGAUGAGAAGGCUGUCCUAUCAAGAGAAGCUAGACAAUUUGGGUUUCUAUUCUUGGAGUUCAGAAGAAUGAGGCAUCUUUAUUCAAACAAGUAAGAUCCUAAAGGGGCUUGACAGGAUAGAUAAUUGAGAUGUUUCCACUAGUGGGACAGCCACAAACAGGGGCUCAUAGCUAGAAAAUAAGGGACAGGUCAUUUAAAACUGAAGUGCAUAGUAGUUAAGGUGGAGAUGGGUAAAUAUUUGAAAGACUGAUGAAUUGCGGGUUAUGGAGAACUGGCACAAGAGAAAUUGAGGCCAGCAUAGAUGAUAUUGGAUGGCAGUGCUUGAGGGGCCCAGUAGCCUACUACUACUCAUUGUGUUCGUGUGAUUGUAAGCUUGCUUUAUUUCCCAUUAGAUUAGCAAUACUGAAAAACAACUACAAUAAAAAUUACUUGCCUCCACAAAUACGAUGAAUUUGAUAAAAAUUAAACAAUUAAAAUGCUACUCUUUAUUGUUUUCUUUUAAAAUAACAAUGUUCCUCCAGCCUAUUAGAAGACAGCUUGCAGAUUCCUACUUUUUAAUAUAAUUAAACAGGUAUCAGAUAAAAGUUUAGACAAAAGUGUAA